AUGGGCAUUGAAGUGGCGUGGAACACCGUUAACAUCAAGAACUUGCCCAAGGACGAGAAGAAGCGCAUCAUGAAUGAGGUGCGGCUGCUUCAGAACCUGGAGCACAAGAACCUGGUGCAGUUCCAUGGGUCCUGGGUCAACCGCGAGAGGGAAGAAGUCAUCUUCGUCACGGAGAUUAUGCAGAGCGGUUCCCUGAUGGAUUUCAUCCGCAAGGUGGAAAUGAUCAGAUGGAGAGUGGUGAAACGGUGGGCUCGCCAGAUUUUGCGUGGGAUGCACUACCUGCACUCCCAGGAACCGCCGAUCAUCCACCGCGACCUGAAGUGCGACAACAUCUUCAUCAACGGCGCUGCCGGCGAUAUCCGCAUCGGAGACCUAGGGCUCUCGACGUCGAACACGCGAUCGGAAAAGACAAUGAGCGUGUUGGGAACCCCAGAGUUUAUGGCGCCGGAGCUGUACGAGGAGUUUUACACGGAGAAAGUAGACAUCUACGCUUUCGGGAUGUGCAUGCUGGAGAUGGUCACGAAGGAACGCCCAUACAGCGAGUGUGUAAACGCCGCCCAGAUUUACCGCAAGGUGACGUCACAGAUUCUGCCGUCUGCGUUAGACCGGGUGCAGAACAUUCGCGCUAGGGAGUUUAUUCGCGUCUGCCUUAGCCCUGAUCCAGACGAUCGGCCUUCGGCAAUGGACCUGCUGAAUCUUCCCUUCCUCAGAGACAAGAACGAAGAAGAGGACAACACGUUGGUAAUGCUUGAACCCUUGGCAGCGGAAGGGGCGGGGGGGCAGAUUCCGGCCAGCACAGCAGGUGUUCCUCUAGUAGCUCAAGGGAUGGAUUUAAACGUUCCGGCGAAAAUUGAUCCUCUGCUGCCGGGAGUGCUCCAUCCCGCUCAACGGGGCACACCUGGGCUUGAUACGAUCGACGAGACGGUGACACCUAGUGCACACGCCCAGCAGCAGGCCGGUGGCGGGGGAGCGCCUGCGGCGGCGGCAGCCUCUCAGGCGAAAGUUUCCAAUUUUUUCCCACCGACCGCCGGCCCUAGCCAAGGCGACAGCGGCGGGGGCGGUGGGAGCUCGGUAGCGCCUGGGGGGGGUGACGGGGACACAGGCACGCCAUCAAGGAGACCUUCUUACGCCGCGGCGUUGAUGUCUGACCCAACUGGUGGUGAGAUCGGCGGGGAAGCAGGAGCUGGGGCAGCUGCGGCAGCUGGGAGUGGCGAGCAGGGGGGUGACGCGAAGCCAGUCGAGGGAAACCCUCCUCUGCAAGGAGCUGCUGGAGGGAGUGCAGAAGUCUCCGUGUUGGAGCCGGAAGAGGCACCGCAGACUGGUGGCCGUAAGAUUCCGGGAAACCCACCGUUCGAGAGCGAUGACGACGAGGAUGAACAGGAGAACGACAUCAGCCACCCCGAGGGAUUUCUCAGGGCCAUGCCAGAAGACGAGUCGUCUAUGCGCGUGCUCCAACUGCCCGACGGGCGUGUUCAGCGGCGAGAAGAAGAAGACGAGGAAGAAGAGGAGAAGGCCGCUGGGGUGGCGGCGGCAGCGGUAACAGCAGCGGCGGCGGUAAGCGGGGGUACCCCCUCCGAUGAUGCGGAGACCGUCGCCUCUGUUCAGGUGGCGCCGUCGUCCGCCCAAACACCACCCCUUACGUCUGGAGCACCCGUUUCUAGUCCCGCUGAGGUGGUGGCGGUAGCAGCAGCUGCCCCAACGGGUCAGGCGCCACGUCCACCGACGGCUGCCCCCGCAGCCCAGGCGCCACGUCCACCAACAGCCGCUCCAACGGGUCAGGCGCCACGCCCACCGAUAGCUGCCCCUGCAGGUCAGGCGCCACGUCCACCGACUGCCGACCCUGCCGUUUUCUACAGCGCAGGGGGGCGUCAAAGGCCAGGCAGCGGUGCCGUUUCUCCGGAGAUGAUGUUUCCCACCGUCGGCGGCGGCAACGACCCCUCUGCCGCGGCCUCAGCUAACGGCGGCCUGUUGUCAGACCCGGGAUUUUUUGCGAGUCUUCCCUUGGGGCCGGCAGUCGGCUUGCAACGAGCACGGUCCUUUUCCCCCCUGGACCACCCCCCAGAAGUGUCGUUACACUCUGUCGCCUCCAUGCCGCCGAUGGUGCCGGCCCCUACGGCCCCUGCCCCGACCUCCCCUCUCACGUCGCCGCCGAUGACGCCGGCUUCCACGGUGCCAGCGCCGUCCUUCCCGUCUCCUCGCCCCCAGGGUGGAAGCUUGCAGUAUGCGGAGAAGCAGGCCCCGAGAGCCGACGGCGGCGCUCAGCCGCAGGAGGUAACCAGCAACGCGAACGGACCUGGCGUCGCAUCGGGCGAAGGAGAGAACCCGCCGGUGUCGGCACAGCAGUCUGACCAAGAACUGCAAGACAUGCUUUCCGGGCGCGCCGCCGGUUCCGCCGGGCGAUGCCUAACGGAGAUCAAGAUCGCGAACCUCCAGGGGUCGGAGCAAGAGAUCAUGAGGCUGGUGAUGCACACGCACAUCGAGGGGCGUUUGCAAGAGGUCGAGUUCGACUUCAACCUGGACACCGACCAUCCUAAACAGGUGUCGGCGGAGAUGAUCAAAGAGCUGGGGUUGUCGGACGAGGAGCUGGGACAAAUCAGUCUAACCAUCACCAACCUCGCCGAGAAGGCCAGAAGAAGAAGGAUCCGGCGUGUUUCUAGCAACUCGAGCGGUUUGGUAGGCCAGAUGGUGGAUUCCAACGCCGGCUCGACCCUUCCCUGGACUGGAAGCGACACGAAUAUUACUUCUGGAACACAUCGGGGGAGCCAGGGAUCGUGCGUGGGAGAUGGGGCGACGGUGGGCAUUUCGGAGGCUGCGGACAACGACAACGGUGUAGGCUACCUUGGCGGCGGAGUGGACAAGGUUUGCUCGGAUGACGAUCUAGGAAUCGAAGACGAUGACGAGUUUCAGAAGAAGAAGGCUGUUCAUGACAAGAAGAAACGUCAGGCAGAAAAGGUGUACGAGGCGCGCUUGGCGGCCUUGUUGGCGGCCCGAAACGACCGUCAAGACGAGCACAAGCGAGCUUUGGAGAGAUACAAGAAGGAUUGCGAGGAGUUCGACAAGAAAGUCGAGAAGCUCCGAGGCGAGAAGGAGCGAAGAAUGGAGGAGUGCUUGGGCGAGCUGCGGGGACUCGAGGACGGCUACCGACAGAAGCAUCGCGAUGCUAAGCAGGCAAAGCGGCAAGGAGCUGCGCCUGGAAACAUCGCGGCGCAGGUGAACUUGUUGUCGGUGGGCCAGCCGCCGGUCGAGGCGGCGCCUACACCCCAGGGCUACGCGCAACAGCGCCAGGCUAUGAUACAGGGGCAGAAUCAGAGUCACGGUCAGGGUAUGAAGGAGGCGGCAGUAGGACAGGACGGCGGGCAGGUUCCCGUCAUGGGUUCGUCUCGCCCUCGUAAUGCGGAGAUCGAUGGGGUUGCCGAGGACGUCCAGGGAGGAGGAGCAGGAGGAGGGAUGUCUGACCAGAAAAAGCAGCCGCUUAAUCUGUCACAGUUCAACAGCAACGAGGGCCAAGUGACAGGGACUCAUCGUAGCGGUGGUUUGCAUGAGGUGGCGGCGGCUGCUUCCAAGCAGUCGAGCGGCAAUCCACCAACAAUAGAGGAGGAGGAAGCCGCAAAGCGAGACCGGUUGUCAACCUUGUAGUAGAUGAGAGUUGUGCGAUCCACGCCGCUGACUUUGUAGGUGAGAUUCCACGUUUAUUUACUUUUUGUCGUCCCAGAAUGUAUCCCUUUUCUCUUCCGCAUGUGUUUUUCAGCGCUUUCCAAUUUGUUUUUGCUCGACGCGCGACCCGGCGUGCGAGGUGUUUUUUUACACCCUCGCUACCCCUUGCGCCGCAAGAACAUUUUGGAGAACCAGCCCCCCCAUCUUUCGGAGCCAGGCUUGGUCAAGAGAAACACGCACUCCUCGAGUCCGCUCUUUUUGUGAAGCUCGUCCCAUGGGCCCCCCUGAUCGAGUUGGGAGAAGGAGGGGGGGGGGGGAGGUAAAUCAGCAAGAAGAUCGUUGUGUGAUACUUCGUGUGUUUUUUUUGUGUACAGGUAGGUGCUUUCAAUUCUACGUACAGGUGCUUUCUUAGCAGCCCUCCUCGGAGUGCUGAUUUAUCCCGCGUUUUUCGUUUUUCGUUUUUUGUGUUAGUUGUGCGAGGUUUUUGAACCGUUUGGUCUUGUACCG